GACGAAUUCAGCAGAUAUGGAUAACAAUCACGAACCUCCUUCACUUAUUUGCUUAACUGUACAGAGAUAUGAAGGGGAAAUGUGUGAAGACCAGUUUCAAGGAGAAGGGCUCCUUUGUUUUGAAGGAGGCCAUGUGUACAAGGGGAUGUUUUCAAAAGGACUCAUGGAGGGACGUGGCGUCUUCACAUGUGCCAGUGGACUGAAAUAUGAGGGAGAAUUCAUCUCUAACCAGCCCCUGGGCAAGGGUACCUACACCUGGCCUGAUGGCAGCUUCUAUAAAGGCGAGGUUUUUUAUGGUUUACGACACGGGACUGGAACCUACACAUGUGCAAAAACUGGUGUGUCAUACACUGGGCAGUGGGAUCAAGGCAAGAGGCAUGGAAAGGGCGAAGUGUAUUACAACCAGGAUAAGACCUCCUGGUACAAAGGAGACUGGGUGAAGAACAACAGAGAGGGAUGUGGAGUUAGACACUACCCAUCUGGUAACAUUUACUCUGGUGAGUGGAAGAACAACCUGAGACAUGGAGAGGGCACGAUGAAGUGGUUGAAAGAGGGAGAGGAAUAUGUCGGGAUGUGGAAGAACGGGGUCCAACAUGGACAGGGCACGCUCACCUGGAUCCUGAGGCGCACAGACGGAUCCCAGUACAUCCGGAGUAACCAAUACACAGGGGACUUUGUUCAGGGUCAGAGGCAUGGACAUGGAACCUUUCACUAUGCUAGUGGUGCUUUCUAUGAAGGAGAAUGGAGGAACAAUAAAAAGCAUGGAAAGGGAAAAUUCAGCCAUAGGGAUGGGCGUGUUUUUGAAGGACAGUUCAUGGAUGAUAAGAUGAUGGCAAAUAUCCUGAAUGGAAACAGAAUGUCCUCUCCUUUCUGUGGUCUUUCUCCCCUGCCAGGCAGUGAUUCAUCUGUCCUAGGACCAGACAUGGUUCUGAACAUUAAUUGUCUUCUGGAUAAAUUCCCAGAGAGAGACCGUGACACUGAACAAGAAAAGGUGGAGCUGAUGGUGCUGAAGCUGGCCUCAGAGCUCAGGUCCAUAUACAGUUACUACAGCAGACUUGGUCAGGCCCAAUCCCCUGAUAACACCUUCCAACUGAGCCGCCUGCAGCUCUGGCGUCUGCUCAAAGACUGUUACAUCCACCAUCAUGGCAUCACGCUGGCUCAGAUAGACCAUCUGAUCAGAGAUACCACUGCAGCUGAGAUACACUCCCCUUUCACUCCCAUUCUUCUGCAUGGGCUCCUAAGCUGUCUUGUGGUUGUUGCCUACCACAUCUAUCACAAAGACAUGAUGUCACAGAAGAACCUUCUAGCUGCCUGCUUUUCCAAACUGAUGGCCGAUAACAUCCUCCCUAAUGCUAAGAAUGUAAAAGGCUUCCUGUUUAGGCAGUCAGACUGUGCAGUGGUUGUUAUGAACUAUGUAAAGAAGUGUAUGGAAAUCUAUCAGACUUACUGCAAAGUGCUUGGAGCCUCAAGUGACGAGCAGUCCAUGACCUGCAGGCACCUGCUGUGGAUGUUCAAGGAUCUCCAUCUGCUGGAUAAUAAGCUGACAGUGGCUAAAUUACUACAGAUCAUCACCUCAGAGAGCAGUGGUCUAGACAACUUUACCUCCUGUGUGAAUGUAGAGAUAACAUUCCUGGAGUUUUUAGAGGUGCUUCUGGGCUCUGCUGAGGUGAAGUGCCGGCAUGUUUCUGAAGGUGUGGAGGAAUCGGAGAGCCAGUCAUUGUUAAGCCCUGACAUGGACAGGAAGGAUCAACAGGAAGCUGCAGAGAAGCUGACAGAAGAAAUAUCUCCAUCAGUCAAUGCUCAAGAGCUGGAGUGUCAACAAGAUGCCAAUGGGGAAGUACAUAAGAAAGCUCAGUCCACAGGAGAGCAUGAGAAUGAGGAAGGAAAAGGAGUGCAAACCAAAGAAGUGGAGGCUAAAGUCUGUGAACAGAAGCUUUGGCUACAGACAGUCCAUCAGUUCUUCAACAACUUUUUCUUCCCGGCUUAUGAACAUGACCAGUUAGUGUCCAAAAAUGUGAAGGAAAAGCUCAAACGGGAGUCCCAUAAAUGAUUACUCUAGCUAAAACCAAGCAGAGAGCCAUGUAGAUUCACUGAAUUCCUUUGGGUUUGAUUGUCUGUUACCAUUAAUAGUUUUGAUAUUAAAGCUAAAUAUUUCAUUAACUUAUUGUUGUUUAAAGUAAUGAUGAAACAUUUUGAGUAUACAUCAUAAUCCUGUUUGUUAAGGUUGAAACAGUUAAAUCUGUCUGAAGAUCUGAUUUAUUGUUUGGAUAAUUCAGCCAAACUUCUCCUACAUAAAAACAACCACUAGAUGGCAUCUUUAUGUAAAGCCCAAAUCAUAGUUUGUUUUGACCUCCCAGUGUUGUGCCCACGAUGUGAAAAGCUGGAUUGUUGCAAAGUUUUUUGUUGCAGGAAGACAAAGUUUUAGGACAGAAAACUAGAAGAAGCAAACCAUUACCCAGGCUUUCCUUGAAUAAAAAGAAGCAAACCCUAAAGCUAAUC